GCAGCGGCCUCCCCUUUAAGAGCCGCCGCCGCCCGCAGGCCCCGCGGUUGCUGCAGGAACCUCCCCUUUAACGGCCGCCGCUGUCCCGCUCGCCCUCUCGGGCUCCUCCAUCCUCCGGCCCGGGGCCCCCCGGCCCGCGGACCCAGGCGCUCUCGGGGCGCGCACCUGGCCCGGCCCCGCCAUGGUGUCCUGGAUCAUCUCCCGCCUGGUGGUGGAAUCCCUAUUAUUGACCAGGUCCAAGGAAGGUCCCCUGGUAAGAAAUCGUGCCUCCCUCAGCCCUCCAUUAGUCAGGAACAGGAAGGAACUGGGAGAAUUAAAGCCCUUAGUUCAACCUGGUAGCCAGGACCCAUCCUCUCAGCUACCCAUUUGUCCCCGGAGCUGGCUGAUCUUUGGCACGCUGUACCCAGCCUACUCGUCCUAUAAGGCUGUCAAGACAAAAAAUGUGAAGGAAUAUGUGAAGUGGAUGAUGUACUGGAUUGUGUUUGCCUUCUUCACCACUGCUGAGACUCUCACGGACAUUGUGCUAUCCUGGUUCCCUUUCUACUUUGAGCUGAAAAUUGCCUUUGUGAUCUGGUUGCUGUCCCCAUAUACCAAGGGCUCCAGUGUGCUCUAUCGAAAAUUUGUACAUCCUACACUCUCCAACAAGGAAAAGGAAAUUGAUGAAUACAUCACACAGGCCCGGGACAAGAGCUAUGAGACCAUGAUGAGGGUGGGCAAAAGGGGCUUGAACUUGGCAGCCAACGCUGCGGUUACUGCAGCUACCAAGGGCCAGGGAGUGUUGUCAGAAAAGCUGAGAAGCUUCAGCAUGCAAGAUUUGACUCUGAUCCGAGAUGAUGAAGCCUUGCCCCUGCAUGGUUCUGAUGGCCGGCUCCGACCCUCAGCCAGUGGCCUCCUGGACCCCAUUGAGGACUUAGGGGAUGACCCUGGCCUGAACCUUCGGUCCUCAAGUGGGAGCCAGUCAGACCCGAGAACAGAGGCCUCUGAGGAUGACAUGGGGGACAAGACCCCUAAGCGAGUCAAAUCAAUCAAGAAAGUGCCAAAAGCUGAGCCAAUCCCCAAGACGCUGAAGACCCGCCCUAAGAAGAAACCCACAAGUGGGGGAGAGUCGGCCUGAUGUGAGCUUUCCCCCCCAACUCUGCGCAGAGACCCCAGUGGGGGGAGUCAUGUACAGAACUGCUGCUGCUUCCUAGAUUGAGGGGUCCCCAGGGCGAGGGCAACUCCUGGGGAUCCAUAUCCUCAGACAUACCCUCCAUGGGAGCAGCCCCUGCCCCCACCCCUUUUUCUCACUGGCUGAGUCUGAGGACCAAGAUGUGAGAUGCUGCCUCUGGGGUCUCCCAGUGAGACGUCUGGCCAGGGUUGGGUGGGCAGGUAUGAGGGAUCACAGGUCUGAGAGCUGUUUAGAGUAAGCUGACUGGGGCCAGGCAUUUUCUUGCUUUGGGUGGCUGGUUUGGGAACACAAGGGCCAAGGUUGGGAAGGGGGGUGGAGGAGGUUGUUAUGUCCAUGGAAGAACUGCCCACUUGGAAUAGCAGUAUUUGGGGCCUCUCUGGUUGGAGGCUUGAUGUGUGUGUGUGUGUGUGUGUGUGUGUGUGUGUGUGUGUGUGUGUGUGUGUG